CAUCUUCUCCCACUCUAUAAAUACGCUUUCUCCAUUUUCGGAUCGUUGAACAAUCAAUCAAAUCUCUCUAAAACGUAUUUAGUAUCUUCUUCAUAGAUUCUCGAGAAGAACGAACGAACGUACUACUACUACUUCGAUGGCGACUAAAGUGUAUAUUGUGUACUAUUCUAUGUAUGGUCAUGUGGAGAAAUUGGCUGAAGAGAUAAGGAAAGGAGCUGCUUCUGUUGAAGGUGUUGAAGCCAAGCUAUGGCAGGUACCAGAGACACUUCCAGAAGAAGCACUUUCUAAGAUGAGCGCACCACCAAAGAGUGAAUCCCCAAUCAUCACUCCCAACGAGCUAACUGAAGCUGAUGGCUUUGUCUUUGGCUUCCCAACAAGAUUUGGUAUGAUGGCUGCUCAGUUCAAAGCCUUUUUGGAUGCAACUGGUGGACUCUGGAGGACUCAGUCACUCGCUGGUAAACCAGCUGGUAUCUUCUACAGCACUGGCUCUCAAGGUGGUGGCCAGGAAACCACCGCAUUGACGGCCAUAACUCAGCUUGUCCACCACGGUAUGUUAUUUGUCCCAAUUGGUUACACAUUUGGGGCAGGAAUGUUCGAGAUGGAGAAUGUGAAAGGUGGAAGCCCAUAUGGAGCUGGAACAUUUGCAGGAGAUGGUUCGAGGCAGCCAACAGAGUUGGAGCUCCAACAAGCAUUUCACCAAGGCAAGUACAUUGCCACUAUCACCAAGAAGCUCAAGGGAUCUACUGCUUAAAAGCUCAGGACGAUUAUGGUAUCAAUAAGAAAAAAAGAAAAAAAAAACAGUUUGGUUCUGGUUUUUAUAAAUCAUAUAAUUCUUUAUCUUUGAAUUUGGGGACGUUUGUGAUUUUUCGGGUUUAAUUAUUAUCUUAAAAUACAUGAUAUUAUUUCACAGCAAUAAUUCUUGUCUUUGUUUCUACGUAUAGAUAUAUGUAUGAUUUGUACUUGUGUUACACUCUAAACAAAAGAUGCGUCGUCAUUGUUCUUA